AUGUCCCAUGGAGAUGGACGGCAGGAAGUUUCCUCUCGAACUGGGCGCUCUGGAGCUCGCUGCAGGAAUUCUAUAGCUUCCUGCGCAGAUGAGCAGCCGCAUAUUGGAAAUUACAGACUCCUUAAAACGAUUGGAAAGGGGAAUUUUGCAAAAGUAAAACUGGCAAGGCACAUCCUAACUGGCAGAGAGGUUGCCAUAAAAAUAAUUGACAAAACACAGCUGAACCCAACUAGUCUACAAAAGCUCUUUAGAGAAGUAAGAAUAAUGAAGAUCUUAAAUCAUCCAAAUAUAGUGAAGCUAUUUGAAGUCAUUGAAACUGAAAAAACUCUCUAUUUAAUAAUGGAAUAUGCAAGUGGGGGGGAAGUGUUUGACUAUCUGGUUGCACAUGGAAGAAUGAAGGAAAAAGAGGCUAGAGCUAAAUUUAGACAGAUAGUAUCUGCAGUGCAGUAUUGCCACCAAAAGCAUAUUGUUCACAGAGAUCUCAAGGCUGAAAAUCUAUUGCUAGAUGCAGAUAUGAACAUUAAAAUAGCUGACUUUGGUUUUAGCAAUGAGUUUACAGUUGGAAAUAAACUGGACACCUUUUGUGGCAGCCCACCAUAUGCUGCUCCAGAGCUCUUCCAAGGGAAGAAAUAUGAUGGACCUGAAGUAGAUGUUUGGAGUUUAGGUGUUAUUCUUUAUACCCUUGUGAGUGGAUCUCUUCCUUUUGAUGGACAGAACUUAAAGGAACUGAGAGAAAGAGUGCUAAGGGGAAAAUACAGGAUUCCUUUCUACAUGUCCACAGACUGUGAAAACCUCCUCAAACGUUUCCUGGUGCUAAACCCGACAAAAAGAGGCACUCUAGAGCAAAUUAUGAAGGACAGGUGGAUCAAUGCAGGGCAUGAGGAGGAUGAACUUAAACCUUUUGUUGAACCAGAACUAGACAUCUCGGACCAGAAAAGAAUAGAUAUUAUGGUAGGAAUGGGAUAUUCUCAAGAAGAAAUUCAAGAAUCCCUUAGUAAAAUGAAGUAUGAUGAAAUCACAGCUACAUACUUACUGCUAGGAAGGAAAUCGUCAGAGUUGGAUGCAAGUGAUUCAAGCUCCAGCAGCAAUCUUUCACUUGCCAAAGUUAGGCCAAGUAGUGAUCUUAAUAAUAGCACUGGACAAUCUCCUCAUCACAAAGUUCAGAGAAGCAUAUCUUCUAGCCAGAAGCAGCGGCGGUACAGUGAUCACGCUGGACCCUCCAUCCCCUCAGUAGUGGCAUAUCCCAAAAGAAGCCAGACUAGUACUACAGACAGUGACCUCAAAGAGGAAGGAAUUCAGUCAAGAAAAUCCAGCAGUAGUGCUGUUGCAGGAAGAGGAAUUGCUCCGGCUAGUCCAAUGCUUGGAAAUGCCAGCAAUCCCAAUAAGGCCGAUAUUCCUGAACGUAAGAAAAGUUCGGCUGCUCCUAGUAAUAAUACUGCCCCCGGAGCAAUGACACGGCGCAACACAUAUGUUUGUAGUGAAAGAACCACUGCUGAUAGGCAUUCAGUGAUACAAAAUGGCAAGGAGAACAGCCUGACAGAAAUGUUCGCUUACGCAGCUAGCCCUGCUUCAGUUUGUACUACAUCCUUCUCCAGUGUUCGGCUGCGACAUCAGAAGUCGAUGUCCAUGUCAGCCUCUGUGCACACGAAGAUGAUGUUGCCUCCAAUAGACAAUGGCGCAGAUAACUUCAGGCCUAUCACUAUUCCCGAUCAAAGAACUCCUGUUGCUUCAACUCACAGCAUUAGCAGUGCAACCACACCUGAUCGUAUUCGUUUCCCCAGAGGAACGGCUAGUCGGAGCACUUUCCAUGGCCAGCUCAGAGAGCGACGUACUGCUACCUACAACGGACCGCCAGCCUCCCCCAGUCUGUCCCAUGAAGCAACACCACUCUCACAGACUCGAACCAGGGGUUCCACUAACCUAUUUAGUAAAUUAACUUCAAAACUAACAAGAAGGCUCCCGACUGAAUAUGAGAGGAACGGGAGAUUUGAGGGCUCAAGCCGCAAUGUAGCUGUGGAUCAGAAGGACGAGAACAAGGAAGCAAAGCCUCGGUCACUGCGUUUUACCUGGAGCAUGAAAACCACCAGCUCCAUGGAUCCCAAUGACAUGAUGAGGGAAAUACGAAAGGUCCUGGAUGCCAAUAAUUGUGACUAUGAACAAAGAGAGCGUUUCUUGCUUUUCUGUGUCCAUGGAGAUGGGCAUGCGGAAAACCUUGUCCAGUGGGAGAUGGAGGUGUGUAAACUGCCAAGACUGUCCCUGAAUGGAGUUCGCUUUAAGCGGAUAUCGGGAACAUCCAUAGCUUUUAAAAACAUUGCUUCCAAAAUUGCCAAUGAGUUAAAGCUGUAACAAGAAAAAUAGUUAAGUUGUAAAUUAGUUAGCAAUUUCAAGUGUUUUUGAGAAUUCCAAUGGAAAUGUAUAGAAUAACAUUUAGGCAAUAACUUCUGCAUCCUUCUGAAUAGUGAUAUUAAAAAAAAAAAAAGCUGCUGAGCUGGGAGGGAGAGUUGGACUUUUUUAUAAGUGCACUACAGCAUUAAAGUUGCCUACUAUGUAAAAUAUUACCCCUUCUGCUUUAUUUCCAUUGCUCCCAAGUCUUUGACAACAAAUUGAAACACAGAAUAUAUUCAUUUAAAUAUGCCUCCUGUUUGUGUGGACGUGUGAAUGUACAGUAUGUGUGUAUAAUAUAUAAAGUAUUAUAUGUAAACAAUUCAUUUACAACAUCGAGCUGUACCAGUACCUCUCUUUGGGCUAAUUUUGGUGCUAAAAAUUGAAAUGGCCAAGGAGGAAACACUUGAGUUAAAUAUUUAAAAUAACUGAAGCGAUAACCAGUAAAUGCAGGUUUACAGUUCACUGCGGUGUUAAGAGAAAAAAAAAAAAAAGUGUGUGAAGGGUUUGGAUUUACGGUUGUGAACAUUAUUAGUCCUGUUUUCUAAGUAGAUUUCAUGAGAUUAUUAAAAAUUCACUUUUACUGAGUAA